UCGAGAGUCCAUCAGAGUCCCGAUGAAGCAGCUCUCUGCUGGAGCACAGACCUAGGUCACCUUCUAGAGGACGACGAGCAGGAGGAACAUGAUCCAGAUCCACCUCAGGACCAGCCAGAGGUCCAGGAAGUAAAGCAGGGUGCAGCAGCUGAUGACCAAGAGGCGGGAGGCCAGGAGCAGAAGGAGGACAGAGCUUUGCCUCCAGACCCAGAUUCCAACCUAAUGAUGGGGGUAGCCAAUCAGGACGAAGCCGGGGAGUCAGGCGGUAGCGUGCCGUCGCCGGUCGUCACUGAGACAGAGCAGAGAAACACAGAGAUGGCGGCUCGAGGCCGCCGGCCUGACGGAUGUUUUAAACCUGGGACUGCGGUCGAAGAAGCAUCGCUGCAGAAAGUGGGCGGACCCUCAGACCCGCCGACCUUCGCGGCGGUGAGCGCGAGCAGGCCGACCUCCAGCGGCGACGGAGGAGACGUGACCUGCUGCGACCUGCUGUCUCUGAGGAGCGACUCGGUAUCUUUGGCCAGCGAGUCCAACGUGUUUGGGAGGAGCGAGGAGGACGACACGAGGAGCGUCACAACGUCCUCCGUCAUGUCUCUGUUCCACAGGGUUUCUCUGGAUCCUCUGGAGAAGGAGUGGCUGAAGAGCUGUGCCGUGGGGAAUGUGGCCACCCAGCGCCGGCUGCUCGCUCAGGAGCCCGGGCUCGUGCUAAAGAAGGAUUUCAUCACUGGGACGGCGCUUCACUGGGCAGCCAGGCACGGCCGUGAGGAUGCCGUGGACAUGAUGCUUCACUCUGGAGCCGACGUCAACGUCAGAUCACAUGGUUACACAGCUCUUCACCUGGCCUCCAUUCACGGACACCAGGACGUCGUUCAGACCCUGAUCAACACUCAGAAUGCUAAAACCAACAUCAGAGAUUACCACGGGAAGACGGCCGUUCAGUACUGGAGCGGCAGCGCCGACAUCUUCGAGAAACCCGAGUCUCAGUCAGGCGGGAGGUGUGUUCGCCGUCAGCGGACGCAGCGUUACGCUCUGCCGUCCUUCCUGCUGUCUCGCUCUCGCAGUCAGGGACAGCUCAACCUGGAGUUCAGGACGCCGCCUCAGUCCUCCUCCCACGACGCCUUGGACCUCCAUGUUUAAAGUUGAUCGCCCUGCCUGAAACCCGGUGACCCGCUCUGUCCCCGUUUGGGCCACGCAGGGUUUCUGGGCUUGGAGCCACAGAUGGCAAAGAUGGCCGCAGGAGGUGGAUGUGAGCUGUGUCACUUUUAAAGAGCAGACUCAGACCUGAACACAAGGCGGGCCUCAUUUUAAAGCCAAGGUUCAUCAAGCAGAGGUGUCAAACAUAAGGCCCGCGGGCCAGAAUCGGCCUUGCAAAGAUCCAAGGACGACAUGAAGUUUGCUGAUGAAGACCUGCCUCAAGUGAUGAAGAACAGAUAAAGAAUUACAUUUUUUUCACUCUCGACUGUAAUAAUGUGUUUUUAUAGAAAAAUAAAAACAGACGUUUUCUGUGAA